AUGAAGCACGCUCUCUGGUCCCUUCUGGGGCUCGCUGCGGUGGCUCAUGCCAGAGUGGUGCAAGAUGUAUACACGCCGAAGGAUAUGCUCUUGACUCCUCGACCGCAACCUGCUAUAGCUUCGCCCGAUGGUACUCACGCCCUAUCGGUGGUCGACCAGUGGAAUUCAGAGGAUGACAAAAUCCAUCGUUCAGUCUACCUCUUAUCUCUGAACACCACUCAUACCCUUCCUCCUUUGUCCUUAUUCAACACUUCUCCCGCUCAAGCCUCGCAAUUCAUAUGGCUCGAUCAUGCUAAUCUAGCUUAUGUGAAUGGUUCUUCGCUCUACUCAUACUCGAUCGAAUAUAACGUCACCAGACCUCCUACUACCCCUGCUCCUUCCCCAAAGGAAGUUCUCGCUUUCCCUGGAGGUGUCAAUCCCACUGGAUUCCAAUUUGAACCCAAGAGCGGUACUUUAGCAUUCUCAGGUCAAGUCUGGAGAGAUUCUGGUGAUUUCAGUGGAACCGCUAAGUAUGACGCAAAAUGGGAAGAGCGAGGUGAUUCAGCUUGGGUAUAUGAUGAGCUGUUUGUUAGACAUUGGGAUGAAUGGAGGGUACCAGGCAAAGUAUGGACUCUAGGUUCAGUAGAACUUAGCAACAAGGGCGGAGCAUGGAUAGCAAAUGAUCAUGGAAAGGGAGGACAGUUUGUCAAUCUUUUGAACGAUACUGGACUAUACUCUCAAAUGGAUCCGAUCUCAUCAUUCUCACUCACUUCCAACACCAUCGCAGCAGCUAUCAAGACUCCUUAUUUGAAUUUUGCAACGCACACAAGAGAGGAUAUAUACCUUCUGUCACUAUCGGGUCAUGCCUCUUCUUCGUCACCCAAGCAUCUUACCCCUCAUUCACACGGUGCCAUCAGCUCUCUUACUUUCUCUCCUGAUGGGAAGAAAUUAGCUUGGCUGGAGAUGAAGAAAGAUGGAUAUGAGAGUGAUAAGAGGGUCAUUGUCGUUCAUGAGGAAGGAAAGGGCAUCAAACGGUGGACAGAGGAUUGGGACAGAAGUCCUAGUAGCUUGACUUGGUCGCUUGAUUCCAACUCUUUGUACUUCACCGCAGAGCAUCACGGUCGUAUCCUUCCUUAUUAUCUCACUCAUCCUGAUCAUCUGCCCACUCCUUUAUACUUCAAUGGAUCGACCACUUCCAUCACUCCAUUGACAGACCGAACAAUUUUGUUAUCUCAACAAUCACUGACAUCUCCUUCGGACGAUUUCAUCCUCACACUCCCUGAUCCAAAGAAGAAACACGGUAAAACAUUUGGCUUCGCACCGGAUGGAGGGGAUAAAGAUGAAGAUAAACUACCUCAUGAUUCCCUACGAAGGCUCACAGCUUGGUCAGCGAGGUUCAUCAAAGAUAGACUAGAAGGUCUUGAAGGUGAAGAAUUCUGGUUCGAAGGUGCUGAAGGCAAAGAGGUGAUGGGAUGGGCAGUCAAGCCUAGAGGAUGGGAGGAGGGACAAAAGAGAACCUGGCCCUUGGCUGACGAGACUAAUCGCAGUGGCGGCCCUCAAGGUGCAUGGGAGGACUCAUGGUCUACUCGAUGGAACCCCGCUGUAUUUGCAUCACAAGGAUACUUUGUGAUUGCUAUCAACCCAACUGGAUCUACCGGUUACGGUCAGGACUUUACCGAUGCGAUACAAGGUGAUUGGGGAGGAAAACCAUUUAAAGAUCUUUUAGCGGGGUAUCAAACUGCCUUAGCCAAGUAUCCCGAAAUCGAUCCCGAUCGUACGGCCGCGCUUGGUGCUUCCUACGGUGGAUAUAUGAUCAACUGGAUUAACGGACAUAACGAUCAUUUUGGAUUUAAAGCAUUAGUAUGCCACGAUGGUGUAUUUGAUACUGUCACUACAUACUUCUCGACCGAGGAGGUAUGGUUCCCUACCCAGGACUUUGCUGGUACACCCUUAACCCAUCGAGCUAAUUACGAAAGAUGGAGUCCUGUCAACCAUGCUAUCGAAUGGACGACUCCCGAAUUAGUCAUUCAAGGAGGUAAAGACUAUCGCUUGGAGAACUCUCAGGGCCUGGGUGCUUUCACUGCUCUCCAAACCCAAGGGAUUCCGAGUAGAUUCGUUUACUUCCCGGACGAAAAUCACUGGGUACUCAAACCGCGUAACUCGCUCAAGUGGCAUCACGAGGUAUUUAAAUGGUUACAUGAAUGGGUAGGAAGAGCCCAUGAUGAUAUCGAAGUAAUCGAGCUGGACGAUAUGGGACAAAAGUUCGUCAUUCAAGCGUAG